GGCCCGCCAGUUUCCGUCAAAUCUCUUUAUCCGGCGAAUCUCAUUAUAUGAAAAUAUUGACAUGAAGAACCAAAUAAAGCGGAGUGGAUAUAGAUGACUUCGACUAGUUCGUGAUUGAUUUAUAGUUGAAUGAUUGAUUGAUGUAUGUGGAAGUUCUUUCACAAUGAUGAAAAGGUUAGGAUCAAUCCGGAACUAUGUUAAUCAUAGCAUACAGCCUUUUUUGAAGAAUGAACAGUCAAGUAAUGAUCAUAUAAUUUUCUUGUGUAAGCAAAAGUUAUUUAAACAAGCUUUAGAGGCAUUUGAGUUGUUAGAAAGGAACACAUCUUAUAAUUUGUAUCCAAGCACGUAUGCACAGCUAGUAUCCGCAUGUUCGUCCCUUAGAUCCCUGAAGUAUGCUAGGAAAGUUCAUAGUCAUGUAUUAGCAUCGAAUUAUCAGCCAGACAUGAUUUUUCAUAACCAUUUGUUGAAUAUGUAUGGUAAGUGUGGGUCGUUGAAGGAUGCUCGAAAGGUGUUUGACGAAAUGCUUGAACGGAAUUUGGUAACUUGGACUUCUAUAAUUGCUGGGUACUCACAAAAUGGUGAGGAGAAUGAAGCUGUGAGUCUUUACUUUCAAAUGCGACAGUUUGGUCUUAUACCGGACCAGUUUACAUUUGGAAGCGUAAUCAAAGCGUGCUCGAAUAUGAAUCAAGUGGAGUUAGGGAAGCAGUUGCAUGGCCAUGUGAUGAAAUCAGAACAUGGUUCCCACCUUAUUGCUCAGAAUGCACUGAUCGCGAUGUAUACGAAGUUUAGUCAAGUUAACGAGGCAUUGACAGUGUUCUCGCGUAUUAAAUCGAAGGAUUUGAUUUCGUGGAGCUCAAUGAUUGCUGGAUAUUCACAGCUUGGUUAUGAAUUAGAAGCUCUGUCCUGCUUGAAAGAGAUGCUUAGUCAGGGAAUUUACAAACUGAAUGAAUUUGUUUUUGGAAGCGUUUUUAAUGCCUGUAGAAGUCUUGCACGGGCUGAAUAUGGAAGACAAAUACAUGGUUUAAGUAUAAAAUUCGGGCUUAGCUUUGAUGCUUUUGCUGGUUGUGCUGUUACUGACAUGUAUGCCAGAUGUGGAUGGUUGUGUUCUGCAAGAACUGCAUUCUACCAGAUAGGAAAUCCCGAUCUCGUAUCCUGGAAUGCUCUGAUUGCGGGGUUUGCAUAUGGAGGUAAUCCUGAUGAAGCUAUAUGUCUAUUUUCUCAGAUGAGAACUUUGAGUUUGACACCAGAUGAUGUCACAGUUCGUUCUUUACUUUGUGCCUUUGUAAGUCCAUCUGCUCUCUUUCUAGGAAAGCAAGUGCACUGCUAUGUUAUUAAGAGUGGCUUUGAUAUAGAGAUUUCCAUCUCUAAUACGUUACUUUCAAUGUAUGCCAACUGUUCAGAUCUUCCGGAUGCACAUAAAAUAUUCACUGAGAUAAAACACAAGGCAGAUUUAGUCUCGUGGAAUGCCAUUCUUACAGCUUAUCUACAACAGAGAGAUUCUGGAGAAGUCUUCUCAUUAUUUAAAAUGAUGCUUCUUUCUUCUGAUAAGCCUGAUCAUAUUACAUUAGUUAAUAUGCUUGGGGCUUCAGGCAAAGUAGCCUCUUUGGAAAUAGGAGACCAGAUUUGUUGCUAUGCCAUGAAAAAUGGGCUAAGUGAAGAUAGCUGUGUGAUGAACGCCUUAAUUGACAUGUAUGUGAAAUGUGGACAUAUGACAAGUGCUAAGAAGCUCUUUGAUAAUAUGAAGAACCCUGAUGCGGUCUCAUGGAGUAGUUUAAUAGUGGGGUAUGCUCUGUUUGGAUACGGAGAAAAAGCUCUAGAUCUCUUCCAGAAGAUGAGAUAUUUAGCUGUCAAGCCAAACCAAGUUACCUUUGUCGGUGUUUUGACUGCUUGUAGUCAUGUUGGACGAGUAAAAGAAGGGUGGCAGUUGUUCAGAGACAUGCAAAUGGAGUUUGGUAUUGUACCAACUAGAGAGCAUUGUUGCUGUGUGGUUGACUUGCUUGCCCGAGCAGGUUGCAUAGAAGAAGCAGAAGCUUUUAUCAAUCAAAUGGAACUUGAUCCUGAUAUUGUGGUGUGGAAAACUUUGUUAGCUGCUUGUAAGACACGUAACAAUCUUGAUGUUGGCAAACGAGCCGCAGAGAAAAUCUUGGAGAUUGAUCCCUCGAAUUCUGCUGCACAUGUGUUACUCUGUAACAUUUUUGCUUCUACUGGCAGUUGGAAAGACGUUGCAUCACUGAGGGGUCUGAUGAGACAAAAAGGUGUCAAAAAGGUUCCAGGUCAAAGCUGGAUUGAAGUCAAAGACCGGAUCCAUGUCUUCUUGGCUGAGGACUGUGUGCACCCAGAGAGGGACAGAAUAUAUUGCAUGCUAGAUGAACUAUGGCUACAGAUGCUGGAUGAUGAUUAUUUGCCCAUUCAGAUUUAAGUUUUAGGGGUAAAACAUUCUGGACUAGAUGAGUAAUGGAUACACACUUCUCGCACUGUCCACAUUGUCUUGACUAGAGAGACAAUGAAGCAGCAAAUAGCUGUCAGUACAAUGUGCCGUUGUUUCAUAUAGAGAUGUAUUUCGAGUUCCUGAUUGCAGAUUAACUGAAGAUACCAUGGAAGAUUGCUGCCAAGUGCCAAUUUGGAAUAGAGAAAGAGAUGAAUAUGAAAGAUGGCUCUACUGCUUUUAAGGAGUGA